CUUGGUCGUGCUGGCCUUGGCCAGUCACCGACUCACCGCGGCCUGGUCAGCAUAUGUAGAGCCGACGACAAAGUACAAUGAUAUGAUGGAGCCAAUUAGUUAGUUAAAGAUGAAAUAUAAAACAAUGGCGACGCGCAAAUGUUGUCGUGCCGUCGCUGUCAGACCUCGCUAAGCUCCAUCAGGUAGAAACAAGGCACAGGCUGCAUUGAGUGCAAAUGCAAAUCAUUUGACGGCUGUUUCACUGAUAUCUCAUUACUGAAGUUGCUCAAGUAUAUUGCUGCCUCAUUGGUUGUCGUGAUCUGAAAGCUAAUUUCACCCUGAUCUGUUAACAUUAAAUCCAAUUAUGAUAAUAUCUGAAUGGUCCUCUUUGUCUAUGGAGAUGAUCACUAUGCUCUGUCUCCAAAACUGCGCCACUAGGAGAAGAAACUGUUUAUGACCAACACAUAGAUUUUAAAUAGGAAUAUAAUCUCCACUGGUGCUGUACAACUGCAAAACAUAUCUCUAAUACUAUUGUAUGAUUGUAUCAUAAGUUCAUAACAUGUUGUGACUGCACUGGCGGGAAAACCUAUUCCAGAAUUCACCAUAGAAGAUUUAGAUAAAAUAUAUUUGAUUCAAGUAUAAUUGAAGCUAAAUACCAUUUGUGUAGAUUUUAAGGUGUCCUUAAAAUUAAAAUAUAAACAGAACUAGUGUAAUCCGAAUAUUUCCCUUUGCAGCCAAAAUCUGUCCUAUUCAUGAAGUAUCUUUUGUGUCAAGCUAGUAUUGAAUCUAUUGUGUUCUGCAUAAUUUACUCAACCAGAUGGUUUGAAUUUUGUACAGGAAAAUAUGCCAUGCUGCGCUGCUGGAUGAAAGCGUUCUUCCAUUUUGUACUUUCUUCUCUGUAUCGUGUGAUUUUCUUGCUUUGUCUUAUUUACUUUCCUCACUCCCUUAUUCUUCUACAGCUUAUUCCCUUAUUCUUGAACUGCACAAGAUGCCGGCUGGUGUCCUGUACACAUGCUUGGUUAAAUAUAUCAGAUCCUUGUUAUGGAGAAAAGUACUUUAUCAGAAAAAUAAUGCUGCUUGGAUGGUAUCGUCAAAUACUCCUUGCAGUCAGACACUGUAUCUUUUGGAUGUAUUGAUAUGUGCACAGUUUGUUGUGGAUCACAAGAAUCAUUUUUGGGUACCGGAAUAAUCUGUAUUAUACUAAUUGUUUUUGACAUUUCAGUUUCUAUACAGCUGUUGACAGGUUUUCCACGAAAGCUUGUGGAACCCAAGCCUAGGAUCAAUGCUACAAUUUUGUCAACCUAUCAAAAGUCAUAGCUUUCAAGGUCAGCUUAUAUAUAUAUUGCACGGGUUAUGAACCCACCCAUAUACGCUUCUACAAUAGAACCCUAGCUUUAUACACUUGAACCAUGAGUUCUGUUUCCAGAUUAUCAACUGUAGAAGUAAUGAGAGUAGCAGGAGAAAGGUUCAUCCAAUUCUCUUCCCAAAAGUAUGCCGAUGACUCCAUACCUAAACAUGUUUUAGGCUGUGCUCCCCUAGGUCUCUCAGACCAGGAAGUCAAAGAGGUUGAGCUUGCACACCUUCUUUUAGCUUUUGCAGAUAAGGUUGGAAAGCAACAAUAUGAUAGGGCGAGAAAACUGCAGAAUCUAUGCCAUUUCCUAUCUUCCAGCACUGGAAAUACUGUUCAGAGAGUUGUUUAUUAUUUUUCUAAAGCUCUUCGAGAAAGGACAGAUAGGGAAACUGGGAGAAACACAUCUAAGGGCUCAGAAAGUAAGGAUUUACUUGCAAUGCAUUUAGAAAGGACAAUGGCUUGUUGUCCUGCUUUCUUUGCUUGUUUCCUCGAACUUCCCUUCUAUCAAGUAACUCAGUUUGCCGGGAUCCAAGCAAUUGUGGAAAGUGUAGCAUCGGCCAAAAGAGUUCAUUUCAUUGACCUUGAGAUCAGAAGUGGGGGGCACUGCAUAGUGUUGAUGCAAGCUCUUGCGUCAAGAUAUGAACAACCAAUUGAGAUGCUAAAAGUUACUGCAGUUGGAAGUGGAACUGCAUCAAGACAAAAGCUAGAGGACACCGGCAAAAGGUUGGCUCAGUUUGCUGAGGCAUUACAUUUGCCCUUUUCCUUUAAAAUAGCAACGGUUACAGACAUCAACAACCUCAAUGAAGAUGCCUUCGAGUCUGAGGAUGGUGAAGCAACUGCAGUCUACUGUUGUCUAAUGCGAAGCAGCAUGAGGACCCUACCUGAUUGCUUGGAAUCUGCAAUAACAGAGCUCAGAAAGCUCAAUCCAUGUCUAAUGGUGAUCACAGAAAUCGAAGCAAAUCUCUAUUCACCAGUUUUUGAAGACCGUUUCAAUGAAGCGGUCUUCUACUAUAGUGCUUAUUUUGAUUGCCUUGAUGUCUGUAUGGAUAAUUCCAGUCCAUACAGGAGGGAAUUGGAAGAGACUUUUUUGGCGCAACAGAUUACAAAUAUUAUAGCAAGUGAAGAAGAGAGGAUAUUCAGGCACAUGAAGAUUGAUGUUUGGAGGAGUUUGUUUGCAAAGUUUGGAAUGGUGGAAGCGGAGCUUAGCUUGUCAUCGUUGUACCAAGCAGACCUUACUGCUAAGCAAUUUGCAUGUGGGAAAUCAUGCACAUUGGAUAUGAAUGGGAAAUGCCUCACCAUUGGAUGGAAAGGAACAACAAUUCUCUCUCUUUCUGCUUGGAAGUUCCAUGCAGCCUAAGACUUCUAAAUAUCUCAUGUAAUGAACAUUUUGGGAAGAGCAUGCAAUUGAAGAUGAGCAGAAAUAUUUUUCUUUUUCGGGUUUUCUUUUGUAAUAUGUUUUUUUUCCCCUUUCCUUUUUGUAAAGCUUGCAGAUUCUUGACAUGUACGUUGUCCCAGCUUUACCAUCCAUUAUCUGAUCAUAACCUUCAAUUGGUAAU